UGCAGGUUCCCGACAUAUGAAAGUGAUAGAAAAGCAGCAGGUGUUUAAAAAAGGGUCAUCUGAUCAGCCUACACCAGAGAAAAAUAUGGAGGAGGAAUUACACCUUGAUCUUGAUGAAAUAAUGGCUGAUUUGGAGGAGAUACAGAGUGAGGAAGCAGUCAAAACACCACAUAAAACACGAAAAAGAAAGAAGUUUGAUCUAAAACUGCAGUGGAAAAGGAGAGACCAAGAAGGAUUUUUGGUCUAUGAGAAGCGCAAACUGAGGACAGACCGAUCUGGAAGACCAGUGGCCUCUACCAUUGCAAGUAACCCUCAAGAAGUUGAUCUUGGAACUGCCUGCACAUCUGAAGCCUCUACUACCAAACAACAUUUUGGAGAUGUCGAUGCACAACAGAUUAUUGAUUUACAACUACAUCUACUCCAAAAUGCAAUGGACUGUGAUGAACCCAGAUCAACAGCAUCUCAUGAUUGGGCAUUGAGGCAAACCUUGUCUGAAGAACGUUGGCAGGAAGCAAGGCCAAAACUUCUUGACAGUUUGCUUGCUUCAGACUGCGUGCGUCGUGGUCCUUGUGAUCAUUGCAACAUGAAAGAAGCAGUCAUCAGAUGCAAAGACUGUCUGCCAAAACCCCGUUACUGUGGGCAGUGUGACGUUUCUAUGCAUCAAAAUAUGUUUUUUCACAACAGAGAGACUCUUAUAGAUGGGUUCUAUAAACCUGUCCCUCCAUCAACUGCUGUUCAAGACCUCAGUGGCCAAAAUAUCAUAUAUGAACAAGUGUGUUUGCUGCCCAUUACACAACCUGACAAAAUUUGUGAUUGUGACCCUCAAAACCUGUCUGUUGUCGCUGGGCGAUCAGUUGUACUCAUCUGUAUAAAUGGUCGCUAUGACAUCUUCCUGCCAGUUAUGAAUUGCAGAACAUGUCAUGCAUCAUGGACACCUGAGGUGGUGGACCUGCUGUUUAGUGGUUACUGGCCAGGUACUGUUGGGUUUCAAACUAUAUACCAGGUAGACCUUUUCAAAUCUUUUGAGGACCUGAAGAUCACUGCACCUGGGCUUUCAAGACAAGCAUUUGUGAAAAUGUUACAACAGCGCUCACAACAAUUUGGAAGGAGUGGUAACAUUUGUGGCGACGUCUUCCAAAAAGCUUUCCUUGAAUGGACAUAUUGUCGUCAUAAAAGAGAGAAACUCUGUGGCAUUGACCACUUCACUUGCCCAGCUUGCACCCCAGAUACAGUUGCUGUGUCUGCAGAUGGAAACCGAAAACUAUAUAGAUUCAGCAAAACAAAGGGGGCAGAGGAACAACCGUUUUUUGAUGGAGUUUUUCUUGCCAAUGACAAAGAUGUAGCAACAUUUGUUGAUUGUGUUCGUGAGAAGACCAAUCCAAUACAUGGAAAAGGCAUCUGUGGAACAUCAACAUGGGCUGCAGCCAGGGAGACCUCUAAGAAGACAAACACCAAAUGUGAUGAAGAAGGCCUAGAGGUGGCAGUUUGCAGACACUGCAUAUUGCUUAGAGGUCUGAACAUGUUUAGGGGAGAGAUAUUUGCAUACCCUCUGUUUUUGCAAAACGAACUGGCCACAAAGACAAACUGCAAGUUUUUCUGCACUGACAUCAUGUGUCGAUAUUGGCCCUAUCUGCAAAAGGUGGCUCAAGCAUUCCCAGAAAUGCAAAAUUUGACUCAGAUGAAGCCAUUUCUCUCAGUUAUGCAUGCAAAGGGCCACUCAACAAAAUGUGAGGUGCAGUGGGGUGGCAAAAACCAAACAGGGGCAGGUACAACCAUCGGUGAAGAAGUUGAACAAGUGAACAGCUUUUUGUCCCGUGUGGCUCUAACAACAAAAUACAUGAUUUCAUCUAUUAGUAGCUUGUCCAAGCCAUCACACAGACCUGGGUCUCUCAUGAGCGGUGAUAAGGGUCGUCAUCGUAUGAACGAUGCUCACAUGUCAGGCCUACUGACUUCCAAUCAUGCAGAAAUAUGGUUCACAUGCUACAUAUGGACAAAGGAAUAG